AAACUUGGGCCCUCAGAGUAUCACAAUGAAAUAUUUCGAAAGAGGACACUUUUAUGCGUGCCGACAGCGUCCAUGGUAGCAUCAGAAGUAAAAUGAAGAAGUCUCCCGAGAUAUGAACAUUUCAGGAUUUCGUAAAUCUCUGCGACAAAUCUGGGGCUAAAAUCAAGUUAAUCAUAAUGCAAUACCAUGAUUUUUAUGAAUUUGAGGAUGGUCACCGAAUAUAAUUCAUACAUUAAUACCGACAUAAUAAUGUACAGUAGAGCCUACUUUCAGCAUAUUGGUUAUGUACAGAAUUUGUUGCCACAAAAAAUCUAAUAACAUUUCAAGCCAUGGGGCCCGUUGUCAGAAACAUCGUAAAGUUAAUGCUGAAGUUAAUGCUACGAUAACACUUACGACUAAUGCUAAUGUUGCGAGACUAGCGUUGACAGAAACACAUCGCAGCUAUUAGAAAACUUACGAUGGCCGGAACUUCCUCCUUGUUCGAAAUCCCGCAGUGCAUUUCGGGAACGCAGACGAUUUGUUUACAUUUUGCAGCCGAUCAGCUGUUCGCGCGCGACAUACGAACUCAUUCAUUCAUAACUCGAACAUUCGUGCGUAUACGUUUCAGUUAAAUAAAACAAUAAUUAUAUAUAAAUAACAUUUGCAAUGGAAUUUGAGAGUGAAAGACCGUUGGCGUCGGCAGAAGCUAAGAGGCGACCGAACUGGCGAAGAGAAGAAAUUGAGGUUCUCGCCGAGGCCUGCCUGGAGAGGCAGGAUGUGGUGCGUGGUCGCCUGUCGAAUAAUCUGACCGUCAACCAGAAAAAUGACAACUGGCGAGAAAUCGCAGACAGUGUCAAUGCGAUUGGCAUGAUGGACAGGCAUCCUGCCGAAUGCAAAAUAAAGUGGACCAACUACACCUCAGAGCUCAGGAAAAAAGAGCGGCAUAACGCAACAGAGGCGCGACGCACAGGAGGGGGACAACCCUCAGUGAUCCAGUUCUCAGACAUUGAGAGCCAGGUCAUCGAAGGUUACAUACCUCCUGAAAUUAUUUAUGGAGUCACGGAGGGAGUUGAAAUAACAGGGACAAGUACAGCUGAUGCUAGUGGAGUAGCCAUUCUAGAACCGGUGAUUGUGGCUGGGCCAGGACCAGGACCAAGGCAGGCAUCACCUCUUCGCAAAAGAGCGAGAAAGUCAACAGAAAGCUCAUUUGAAAAAGAAUACCUUCAAUUAAAAAGGCAAGAGCAGAUAGAGAGGUGUGUGAUAAUUAGUGGCAGCAGUUGCAAUUUUCAUUACUGAAUAUUAUA